CCAUGACGAAGGCUUGGCGGCGGGCGCUGUACCUACGUCGCCCAGUGCGCGUACAGAGGACCGCCCGCCCGCCAUACGCUUCCUAUACGAGCAGCCCACACCGCGCUCGUCACACCCACCGCGCACACAGAGAGCCUCCCACGCUGCUCUCUGCCUCACCCGCCCAUUCGCUCCUCGCUCCUCUCACCCGCCGCUCCGCCCACCCCGCCGCCCGCCGCCGCCGCCGCCAUCGCCAUGGCCUCGCUCAACACGUCGACCAACGGGCCCAACAUCACCCGCAGCUACCAGAACGUCGUCAACACCCCGCCGCCGUCGGGCUCGCAGGCCCAGUCGCCCACCUACGGGCAAUGGGCCGUCUUCGCCGUCACCGCCCCGCUCGUCAGCGCCUUCCAGCACGACGGCGGCAAGGAGAGCGUGCUGAAGGUCCAGAGCACCGGAGAGGGAGAGCUGCUCGACCUGAUCGACGAGUUCUCCGACGGCCGCAUCCAGUUCGCCUUUGUCAAGGUCAAGGACCCCAACUCGUCGCUGCCUAAGAACGUGCUGAUUGCCUGGUGCGGCGAAGGCGUGCCCGAGCGCACCAAGGGCUACUUUGGCAGCCACCUCGGCGUUGUCUCCAAGCUGCUCCACGGCUACCACGUCCAGGUCACCGCCCGCUCCGACGCAGACCUCACCCCCGAGCGCAUCAUCCAGAAGGUGUCGGAUGCCUCCGGCGCCAAGUACUCCGGCGGCGCCAACAUCCCCUCGUCGAGCGGGCCGCCGCCUGUCGCCGCGAAGAAGCCCGUCUUCACCCCUACAAACGUCGGGGGCGGAGCCUCCGCCUUCAACCCGCUCGGCCGCGCACGAGCCCCUGCGCCGCGGGGCGACGAGGACGCUGAUGGCUGGGGCGCCGAUGCGCCAGAGGUCACGCGCUCGCAGCUCGAGAAGGUCGGCACCGCCUACAAGCCUACAAAGGUCAACAUGGCCGAGCUGUCCAAGGGCAGGGACGACACCACCCGCUCGCAGAACGACCGCCCAGAAGUCGUCAGGGGCGCCUAUCAGCCCAUUGGCAAGGUCGACAUCGCCGCCAUCAGGGCCCAGGCGAAGGAGCAGAAGGACGACCGGCCCACCGUGGUCAAGGGCGCAUACGAGCCAAUCGGAAAGGUCGACAUUGCCGCUAUCCGUGCAAAGGCCGCCGGUGCGCCGUCGGGCUCGCCAGCAGCAACCGGCGCAUCCAACGACGACGAAGAGGAGCGGCCCAAGUCGCUGGCCGAGCGCUCCGCCGCCUUCGGCAACCAGCCCGAGCGUCUCACCAGCCUGCCCAAGCCCAAGGUCGCCAACAAGUUCGCAGGCGCGAGCGCCUUCACCGGCACCAAGGCCCCUGCUCCCGGCGGCUUCACCGCCCCGAAGCCGGCCACCUCCGCGCCAGUUGGCACUGCGAGCAAGACCUUUGCAGACGAGGGGGGCAAGACCCCGGCUCAGAUAUGGGCAGAGAAGAAGGCCGCCCGUGGCGAGUCGGUCAACGCACCCGCUGCGCCCAUCGAGGCCCAGCAGAGCGGCGGCGGCGGCUGGAAGAGCGGCUACACGGGCAAGUCCUGGGCGGCUGUCCAGACCACCCGCACCGGCCAGUCGGCCAGCAACCUCAGCGAACAGCGGACCGGCGAUGCCCCAGAACAGGAGGAGCCCUCUUCGCCGCCCGCUGGUGUUGGCUCGCUCAAGGACCGUUUUGCUGGCGGCGCGCCUAUGGGAGCUCCCGCCCUGGACAACUCGAGCAAGCCGAACGCUGGUCGCGGUGUCCCCAUGCCCGGUCUGCCCAGCCGUCCCAAGGAACCCGAGUCUGAUGACGACGACGUGCCGGCAACGCAAACCCAGCGCCUCCCGUCGCCGCCUCGUCAGCCACGCAGCCCGUCUCCCGAGCCUUCAGGCUCUCCCGUACGCAUUGCUAUGCCUGUAGCACGCGGAAGGGAGCCCGAGCUCUCGCCGGCCGAGGAGCAGCCUCCUGCGAUGCCCAACCGCUCGCUUGCACAGGCCGCCUCGCAGGCCCGCGACCUCUCGCCCGAGCCCCGAGUCGAGGCAAAGGACCCUGCGCGCAGUGCUGGCGUCGCUGUUGCAGCCGGCACUUUCGGCGCUGCAGCAGUGGUCGGCGCUGCCGCUGGCGCUGCUCUCGCUCACGACGACGACGACGACACGGGCGCUGGUGCUGGAGCUGGCGGCUCUGGCAAGCGCGCCGUCAUCGUCUACGACUACGAGCGCGCCGAAGACAACGAGGUCGAGCUCCGCGAGGGCGACCACGUGACCGACAUCGACAUGGUCGACGACGAUUGGUGGAUGGGCACCAACGCCCAGGGCGAGCGCGGCCUGUUCCCCGCCAACUACGUUGAGCUCGUCGAGGGCGACGACGACGCUGCCGCACCCCCUCCCCUGCCCUCGCACCCCUCUGCGCCCCAGGACCCUGAGCCCGCUCCCGCCGCUCCCGCCGCCGCUCCCGCCGCUGCAGGCCCCACCGCGACCGCCGUCUACGACUACGAAGCCGCCGAAGACAACGAGCUCAGCUUCCCCGAGGGCGCAACCAUCACAGGCGUCGAAUUCCCCGACGAGGACUGGUGGCUCGGCAACUACAACGGCGCGUCUGGCCUGUUCCCUGCCAACUAUGUCCAGCUCGACGAGUAGAGCGGUUGUCCAUGCAGGGUCCGCGGAGGAUCCCUGGUACGGAGGUAGAAAGAAAGGAAGAAGAAAAAUCGGAACCGCUGUUUGCGAGAUGCAGCGAGCGCUGCUGGUUCCUGUUGGUGGAGGGGUAUUCAGGUACUAAGUAUUGAGAUAUUGGACCCUCCCUGCAUAUAUCGAGUUA